AACCAGCCACCCUUGGGAUUAUCCCAGUCACAGCAUAACCUAGCGAUCUCCGCCAGCUCUUCGGCUAAAUGGUCUGGCCAUGAAGCGGGCCGGAGAAAGAAAUAGCAGGCAGGGUGACUUUCUUCUCUUAUCUUUUAGAGCUUGCGGGUUUACAAACGGCGGUCUAGCUGAGCUCGCUGUUCUUCCUCAGUAGAGGAACACUGAACCUUCAGGAUGCGUGGGUCAGCACCGUCGGAUGACCCUGAGGCACAGAAGUCGAGCCAAGCAGCAACAGGAGCAGCAGCAGGACGAGGAACAGCAGCGUCCGCAUUAGCGUCAGCGUCACCAGCGUCUUCGUUAGCAGCAUCUUCGUCAGGAGCGUCUUUGCCAGGAGGGGUGAAACUAUCAGCUCCUGCGAUCCCCUCCCAUCCUAUUCCACGUAAUGAGAUCACCGAGGCCAAUCAUGGAAGUCCACGUCACGAGAUUGAGAUCUCCGAUCCGGAAUGUGCGUCGCGGUCGCUGCUUUCCCGCCAAGAGGAGGAGGCUCUCGAGUCGGAGCCGCUGACAGGCCCGCGACCCCCUCGCGACGCCAGCGAUCGUCCAUGCGACAGCAGAGAUCGCCCACCUCUCUCGCAAGCGCGGCGAGAUGUCAGGCGACACGACUACGUGCCGGCUCAGGGUAACAGAGGGGGGUCCGGAGAGCGGUCUGGGGACAGGCUCGGCGAGAGGUCCGGAGGGAGGUUCGGCGAGAGGUUCGGCGAGGAGGGCGGGUUGCUGGAGACGCUAGGACAGGAGAUAGUGGCGAUCGUGACGCCCGUGUCGAUCUGCAUGCUGCUCGUGGUGGGGCUCGUGCUGGCGCUGACCCCGCACGGCGCGUCAAGCACUGCACCCACCAUCGCCACCCUUGUAUACCAAGAGGAAAGCACGGACGCGCCCUGGCAGCGGCUAUGGGGCGCGUUGCUGAAUGCAGCGGCGAUGGUGGCGCUGGUGACGGCAGCCACGUUCGUGCUGGUGGGGCUGUUCUGGUGCGGGUGCGCGCGCUGCAUCUGGGGCUACAUGGGGUUCUCGGGAUUCGUCAUAUUCGCUGGGCUGGGCGGCACACUGGCAGUGCAAAUGAUUCAGCGUUUCUCCAUCCCCAUCGAUAUAGUCACAUUCUCCUUGCUCCUGUACAACCUGUCGGUGGUGGGCGUGCUCGCAGUCUUCUUCUGCCGCAUGCCCAUCUUCCUCACCCAAGCCUACCUCGUCGCCGUGGGGGCCAUAGUCGCAUUCUGGUUCUCCAACCUGCCCGAGUGGACCACGUGGAUGGUGCUCAUUGCCAUGUCGCUCUACGACCUAUACGCUGUGCUCACGCCAGGUAUUCGGCCCCCUCAAGCUGCUAUUGGACAUCGCCAUGCAGAGGGACGAGGACAUCCCUGCACUCAUAUACGAAGCCCGCCCCCCGCCCAUGCCCUUCGCCCCUCCUCCUCCUCUUCUUCGCCCCCCCUCUCGUCUUCCCUCUGCCACUCGCCCUCUCCCCUCUGGCCCCUCCCUCCCCCCCCACCCCACUCUCACUCUAAUCUUCCUGCUCGCCCCUUCCGCCCCCCACUCUCCUCCGCUUCCUCCUCGUCCUCCUCCUCCUUCCCCCCCUCGGUGUCUGCUUCCUCGUCCUCCAACCCCUCUCCAUCCCACAGCACCGCUCAGCCUUCAUUGAGCCCAGGUGUCACUGGUGGUACUACUGUUGCCCCCGCCACAGCCUUUGCACGGGCAGAUAGAGCAGCAGGAGGAGGAGCAGGAGGGGGUGUAGGAGGAGGAAGUGCAGGGGAUGUUGCUGGUGUCGCGAGGAGAACGCGGCUGCGCGGCCAGUUUGAGCGGCGCCUGCAGCAGGGAAGCACUUCCACUGGUGCUGCUGCUGGUGGUAAUGCUGCCACCGGUGGUGGUGGCAGUGGUGGUGUCGCUGGUACACUGAGGGCCUUUGUUGCUGCUGCGACAGCUGCUGCCACUUCCGCUCUACGCCUUACACGGGCUGAAAGGGGGGAUGAGAGGGUGGGAGGGGAAAGAGGGGAGGGAAGGGGGUUGGAGGGCGAGAGAGAGGAGGGAAUGAGUGAAGGGAUGCCGCUGUUGAGUCAAGGUAUGGGAUCACUAGCAGCAGGUGGAGGAGGAGGAGGAGGAGGAGGAGGAGGAGGAGGAGGAGCAGAGAGGAGAGGAGGGGAGGGGCUGGGGAGAAGAGGAGGGGAGGGACAGGAGAGGAGUGGAGAGUGGGCCGAGCAGGCAGCCGACUUAAACCGCCGCGGAAGCGGGGUGUCUUUUACCAAAUCGGUGUACAGCGGGUCGUCGGACCAACUGUCAGGUAGUGGGAGCCGCCCAGGCAGCAGCAGGGGGAGGCGGGCAGGGGAGAGCGGGCGGGCAGGGGGUUCUAGGGUAGGGAGAGUGGGGAGAACGCUCUCUAUGCCGUCGCCUAAGCAGAGGGGGGAGGAAGCAGUGGCGCCUGUGGUGAGAGUGAGUCUGGCGCAUGGGGAACGUGUAGAGGUGAGGGGGAGUAGAUCGGGCGAAGGAGGGAGUGGGAUGGUCGUGCAGGGCGAAGAACGAGGAGGAGAAGGAGGAGGAGGAGAAGGAGGAGGACGAGGAGAUGGGGGAGUGGCGGCGGUGACAGCAGCAGUGUGUGAGGAUGAUGGCUCCAUUGUAACAGCAACUGCAGCAGUAACAGCUGAGAGGAAAGCCCCCUCAGCAGACAAUGGAGACAGUGGAGACAGUACUGUAGCUGACACGGUACCACCCCUGUCUUUGGCACGCGGAGAGGAGGAGGUGGAGCAGGAGAUAGCGAGGCUCAGGGAAGCUGCGAGCCAGCACAUGCGCGAGAGGGAGAGGGAGAGGGAGAGGGAGAGGGAGAGGGAACGCGAGCGGUGGAGGGGAGGGACCAUCUCUCGGGCGGUGUCGCUUGGACCGGAGUGGAGCAUGGGGGCUGUGAGCGGCGGCAUUCGCAUGCGGGCGGGUCUGGAGGGGCAGAUUGCGGGGAUAGAGGGGCAGGUGGUUGGCAUGGACGGGCAGAGUAUUGGCUUUGGUGGGCAGAUGGGAGGGUUUGAGGUGAGUCGAGGGGCAGCGGUGCCAGGAGGUUCAGAUGGGUUCCCGCACUCUGUUGCUGACGGCAGCAGCAGUCGGCCGCACAGCUUGCUUUUCUCGGGCGAGAGGGGGAGCAGAGGCGACUAUCAUAAGGAGAGGGGUGGCGGUGAUUGUGAGGGGAGGGGUGGGCGGUCAGGUGACUUGACUUCGGUUCUGGUAGAGGAUGGCGAGCAGCAAGGUGGCGUUGUGAGCAGUGCUCAUGGUUUUGCUGCUGCCGCAGCUGCGAUUGCUGCCGCCGCCGCUGCUACAACUGCUGCUGGUGUUGACAGUGGUGCUAGGGGCACUGCAGGUGAUAUUGACAAUGUUGAUGCUGGGAGCUCUGCUGCUCAGUCCGCUGCUCAGUUUGCUGCUCCAGCUGCUGCUGCCACAAGAGGUUCGGCACCAUCCACUGCCACCAGCACCAGCCACGGCAGAGAGCAGACUGCCGAGCCUGACAGGCUCGGCACGCAUACAAACCAAGAGGUGCAUUCUCGUGCAAUGGAGAACCCAGACGAUAUUCACUACCUGCAGAGCCCGAGCCUGGAGCCGAGCAGCAGCUUUGGCCCGGACCUCCCAAGUGCCAUCAAGCUCGGAAUGGGGGACUUCAUUUUCUAUGGAGUACUGGUGGGGCGGGCGGCGAUGUAUGAUUUGAUGACGGUGUACGCGUGUUAUCUUGCCAUUAUUGCAGGGCUCGGAGCUACACUAGUGCUCUUGGCGUUACAGCAGCGAGCGCUGCCUGCACUGCCCAUUUCGAUUGGGUUGGGGGUGGUUUUCUACUUUCUGACCCGGGUGCUGCUUGAACCAUUUGCUGUUGCAGUCGUUGCAAACUGCUUGUACUUCUGACUAUCCUAUCAAGGACCUACUACCUAGCCUCUGCCUGGGGUUAAGUUAAAUUUCAGUAUAAGCUUGUUGCUUGUGUUUGAGUGCAGUAACUUAUCACGAGACUUAUGAUGUUUAGGCCAGGAGAGGGGGGCUUCUGUCUGUUGGAG